AUGGGGAAGCAAGGGCCUUGCUGUCACUGUGGAGUAACAAGCACACCUCUGUGGAGAAACGGGCCACCGGAGAAGCCGGUGCUAUGCAAUGCGUGUGGAUCGCGUUGGAGAACAAAGGGAACACUUGUGAACUACACUCCGCUCCAUGCUCGUGCUGAUGGUGACGAGAACGAGGAUCACCAUCUGAGGUAUCAGAGAAUGAAGAGCAUUUCUCUAAGCAACAAGAACAAGGAGACAAAGAUGCUCAAGAGGAAAUCAGUUCAAGAACACUAUGGAAUUAAAAGACCGGUCUUGGAGUUCAACUAUGGCUUGAAGAAGGCUGUGGUGGUAGAGGAGGAUGCUAGUAACAGAUCGAGCUCUGGCUCGGCUAUAUCCAACUCUGAGAGCUGUGCUCAGUUUAGUAGUGCUGAUGGGAGUGAUUUAACAGGUCCGUCUCAGUCUAAUGCGUGGGACACGACUGUUCCUAGCAAGAGGAGGACGUGUGUGGGACGUCCAAAGUCGUCUUCUGUUGAGAAGCUCACAAAGGAGCUUUACAGUAUUCUGCAAGAGCAGCAGUCGUCGUGUCUCUCGGUUUCUUCGGAGGAGGAUCUUCUUUUUGAGAACGAGAUGUUGUCAAUGGUCUCUGUUGAGAUUGGGCAUGGGAGUGUUCUGAUGAGGAAUCCACAUUCUUUCGCUCGGGAAGAGGAGUCUGAAGCCAGCUCGCUCUCUUCUUCUGUUGAGAACAAGUCGUCCAUCAGUGAAGCAUACUCACAUUCCGUGAAGCGUGUUGAGAUUGGACAAGCCAUAAAGCAAGAAGAGCAACUCAAGAGGACCAAGUCUCAAACUGGAAGAGUGCAUGUGCUUGGGAGCCAUAGCUCACCACUCUGUAGCAUAGACUUGAAGGAUGUUUUCAACUUUGAUGAGUUCAUAAAACAAUUCACAGAGGAAGAACAGAAGAAACUGAUGAGAUUACUUCCUCAGAUUGACUCUGUGAACCUUCCUGAUAGCCUGAGAAUGAUGUUCGAAAGUGCUCAGUUCAAAGAGAACUUCUCUUUGUUUCAGCAACUUAUCGCUGAUGGUGUCUUUGAGAUGCCUUCUUCCUCUGGGGCAAAACUGGAAGACAUGAGGACUUUUAAGAAGCUUGCUCUGUCUGAUUUUAACAAAUCUCGUUUGGUGGAAAGCUAUAACCUCUUGAAGGAACCGGAGAAAGGGUCUGGAGAUUCUGUCACUACAAGUUCAAGAAGCUCAAACCCAAAUGUACCUAAGAAUGUUGUAACCAUUAAGAGACGCUUUGAGAACCAAACUCAAUUGAAGCCAGAGUCAAGAGGGCUUAUGAGGAGCCCCAAAAGUGUAACGAAGAUGAAAGCAAGCCAUGAGAGCAAAGUUAUGACGGAGAACAAUGUGUCAUGUUUCACCCCAAGAAGCUUGGCUUCUGUGUUUGCACAUGAGAGUGGCUCUACGGUGUUUGGCUAUGAAGGUAAUUGCAGCUCCGAUCAAGAUCUCCUUCUUGUGGACUUGCCGUCAAAUGGGUCGUUUCCUCAAGCAGAGCUGCUUCACCAACUCUGA